GCCCACUUAACUGUCACUCGCAAUCCUCAGGAUCAAACCGGCCAUUGCCAACCAUAUACGCUCGGAAGUGGCGCUUCAAUCCAAGCCGGCUCAAUCCUCAUGUCGAUCGGCACUAGCCUGAUCGAAUUCCAAAUUUUGUGUGGAGUUGGAAACGGCUUCGGAGAGGAACAAGGCAUCGAUAUGGUGCAGACAAUCCUUCCUGGAAGAGAUAUAGCAAUCGGCGUUAGCAUUGUCUUCUUCGCAUAA